AUUAUUGCGAACCCGAAUGGAUGGAAGCGGAAGACCCGCUGUUCAUAAUGUAUACCAGUGGAAGUACGGGAAAACCUAAAGGCAUUGUCCACACAAUCGGUGGUUAUCUCCUCUACUCUUACAUAACAUUUAAAUAUCUAUUCAAUUACACCGACGGAGACGUGUUUUUCUCGACCGCAGACUUGGGAUGGAUGGCCGCGCAUACGUUCACUGUUUACGGAUCGCUGGCCAACGGGUGUUCAAUAGUGCUCUUUGAGGGCACUCCCACUCACCCAAACCCGGGCCAUAUCUGGCAUAUAAUAGACAAAUGGAGAGUUAAUAUCUUUAACACUGCGCCCACUCUUAUCCGAUCACUCAUGAAGUUUGGCGACCAAUACGUCAAACAAUACUCUCGACAGACACUGAAAGUGUUGGGAACGGCGGGCGAACCCAUCAAUCCUGAGGCGUGGCUUUGGUUCUGGGAAGUGGUCGGCGAUCGUCGGUGUCCUGUAGUCGACAACUACUGGCAAACAGAGACCGGCGGACCAAUGCUCACGUGCUUACCGGGUGCCACACCAAUGAAGCCCGGAUCAGCUACACUGCCCUUCUUUGGUGUAAUUCCGGCGAUACUGGACUCAGAAGGCAGAGAACUGGAGGGCCCGGCUGUGGGACAGUUGGUUAUGAAGAAUCCGUGGCCGGGAAUCGCGCGAACCAUUGAUGGCAAACACCAAUUGUAUGAAAUGACUUACUUUCAUAAGUUUAGGGGCUAUUACUGUACCGGCGAUGGCGUCCAACGCGACGCCGACGGCUACUAU